AUGAGUGAGCAGCACUUUGUGUUUGUGCACGGUGCAGGACAUGGAGGAUGGUGCUGGUACAAGCUCGCCAAUUCACUGAGGGAAAAUGGACAUAAGGCCACCUGCAUCGACCUCAAGAGCGCUGGAAUCAACCAAACUGAUGCAAACACUGUCUCCUCUCUUGAUGACUACGACCAGCCUCUCUAUGACUUCCUCUCUCAGCUUCCCCUCGACCAAAAGGUCAUUCUUGUGAGCCACAGCGUUGGAGGAGGGAGUAUGACGGCUGCCAUGUGCCGCUUUCCUUCCAAGGUUUCCAUGGCUGUUUACGUCGCAGCAGCCAUGGUCAAACCAGGUACCGUGGUUCCUCCAGUUCUCAGGGAAGUAAUGAAGAUAUGUUCGGGGAUGAUGGAGGAUGUAGCUGAGAAGAUUUGGGACUUCACUUUUGGAAACGGACCCCAAAAUCUCCCAACAAGCAUGAUGAUGAAACCUGAGUAUGUCCGGGACAAGUUUUACAACGAGAGUCCCAUGGAGGAUUACACAUUGGCCACCACGCUUCUGCGUCCGGCCCCUGUCACGGCAUUCCUAGGAAUAAUGGAUAUUCCGGAAGCAGCAGAGACGGACAGAAUCCCAAGGGUGUACGUGAAGACAGGCAAGGACCAUAUGUUCCAACCAAAACUUCAAGACAUAAUGGUGGCUCUGUGGCCUCCUGCUCAACAAUUCCUUCUUCCAGAAAGUGAUCACUCUGCGUUUUUCUCCCAACCUCAAGAUCUUCAUAAAUUCCUCCUUCAAGCAGCCUCCUCUCUCUCUCCCUGA